AACAACCGGGUUUUAGUCAAAUUUUAUUUACAAAACCAUUGCGAUUUAUUUGUUGAUAUAUUUUGAUUGACCUAAGCGGUAUUCGGAUAUUCGCAGUGCGUUAGCCGUUGCUGACCUCGAACAAAGCCGCCAUGCUUCCCAACAGCUUUUACAGGAUGAGGGACUUUGCCAAUCCGAGAACAAUGUUUAAAAGCUGUGCGAACAACAAUGAAUAUCCCACACAAGGUCCCCAAAAAGUGGAGUCACCAACUGAUGUUACCCAGCCUGCUGCAGCUCCUCAAUCCACUGAAGAUACUCAACCAGAAAAGACCCAAGAACCGAUGAAUGAUCCAAACAAAACGUCGCCAUCAGAGCCCCAAAAACGUGGCAAGGGGAACCGGAAGGGCAAGAAGAAUCAAAAGAAUGCGCCACGCACUCCCAGUCAGACGAGCAAGAGCAGUCGAAGCAACAAUCCGGGCAAAGAUGGAAAGUCGACGGGAAAUGAUGACAAUGAGAAGGGUAAAGGCCAAGGAAAACAGAUGGUCCAGCAGAAAGAAAAUAGCCCUGAACAGGAGCAGUCGACUAGUGCACAAUAUAGGAAGAAUGUGCUCGACAAGGAUCUGCAGGACAAGAAGCUAAUCGAAAAGAAUAUGCAGGGAAAGAUAAUCACACAAGAAAAUCUUUUAGGGCAGAAGGUCCUAAUGCGGUUAUCCGAGCAGAAGCUUUUGAGCUUGAGGCUCGAGCCCAGGAUUAAACAGAACACAUGUCCACCGGCCAAAAAAGAAGAUGCGGUGGUCGCUUUUGACAAUUCACUAGAAUUUCUGUCACUGAACAAUAAAUGUGAUGAUGAUCUGACCAUCGCGGCGGAGAACGCCGAACUUUUGGAGGUCGAGGAUCCUCAACAUCCACUCAACAACUGCUGGACUCUGUGGUAUCUAGAGAACGAUCGAAAUAAAAGUUGGGAAGAAAUGCUGCACAAGGUUACAAGCUUCGAUACCGUGGAGAAGUUUUGGAGCCUGAUCACUCACAUCAAGCCCCCAUCCGAGCUUAUGCUGGGCAGUGACUACUCCCUGUUCAAGAAGGGCAUUCGACCCAUGUGGGAGGAUGAGGCCAAUGUCAAUGGAGGACGCUGGGUCAUCAACUUGACCAAGAGCGCCAAGAUGGCUCUGGACAGUUUCUGGAUGGACGCCAUGCUCUGUCUGAUUGGAGAGGCCUGUAAGCACUCGGACGAUCUUUGUGGCGUUGUGGUCAAUAUUCGCGGAAAGUCGAACAAGAUCUCUAUUUGGAACGCUGACGGGGGAAAUCAGACUACAGUCCUUGAAAUUGGACGCAUUUUACGCAAGGUUCUACGCAUGGACAACAUAUACGUGCUGGAGUAUCAGUUGCACAAGGACUCCAAGGAUAAACUGGGAUCAACUGUGAAGAGAAUAUACACUGUAUAGGUUCUCAUCAGACAAUUGCGAAUCGAAACAUUUUCAGUAUUUUCGGUAUUUUUUCACAAGAACUUGAAAUGUCAAGCAGGUGUGAUCAGCCAUCGAUCGAUAGUUAGUUGGGUUCCAAAUCUCUAGUCAAACCAUCCGUACACGUACACGUUGUACAUAAAAAUUUGAAUGUUGCUCCUAUAGAGCGACGAAAUAAAUACAUAACUAUUUGGUCAAG